AUGUUAGGUUAUCUAGGAAAUUUAUCAAUAAAAGUUUGUAAACUACAUCCAGUUAUUAAGAAUAAACGUUUAUUCAGUAAGAAUUUUCCACAUGACACAACAAAUGUAUCACCACCACCAUUCUUAAUAUCCAUGUCUGGUAUCAAAUUUAUGCUUGCACUGACUUCAUCACUCUACUUCGGGUCAAUGAUCGCAAAAUAUGGUGCUUCAUUUUUGGAAGAAAACGAAAUAUUUGUUCCAUCAGAUGAUGAUGACGAUGAUUAA